AUGAAGAAAGAGAACGUUUUGAAAGGGAUUCCAUUGUACAACGCAUUUGGGGAAUCGUUUCCAUCUCAAAAGAAUUUAAACAGACUCACAGUUCCAAAUAUCAAUGUUCCAGCAUCACAACAACAACCUAGUGAAAUGUUUAAACCGUGGUAUAAAUUGUGUAAUGAUCUAAUCGAAGGCUGUAAUAAUCAUGAUAAAUCAAGCGAAGACUUUGAAAAAUGGUACGAAGACAGAUACUUAAAGAAUAAACCUCAUGGCAUGAGAGAAAGUAUUGUUCUCUCGCCAUCCAAAAAAGUCACAUAA